AUGUCUGUUUCAGUUUUACCAUCCCGUGAUUCUACUGCUCCAAAGCAACAACAACAAGUGCCUGUUCCACCAACCGGUGGGAGAAGGGGUCCGAAUUUAAACAUCGUCCUUACAUGCCCUGAAUGUAAAGUCUAUCCACCGAAGAUUGUGGAAAGAUUCAGUGAAGGUGACGUUGUUUGUGCUUUGUGUGGUCUUGUUCUUUCUGACAAAUUAGUGGACACCAGAUCAGAAUGGCGUACAUUUUCCAACGACGAUCAAAAUGGUGAUGAUCCUUCCCGUGUAGGUGAAGCUUCAAACCCACUUUUGGAUGGGAAUAAUUUGUCAACUAGGAUAGGACAAGGUGAAGGGACUGAUAUGAGGUUUACUAAGGAAUUAAAUAGAGCUCAGGGGAAAAAUAUUGUAGAUAAGAAGGAUAACGAGGUACAAGCUGCAUUUGCAAAGAUGACUAUGCUUUGUGACGCAGCCGAGUUACCGAAAAUUGUUAAAGAUUGUGCUAAAGAGGCUUAUAAGUUAUGUCAUGAUGAGAAAUCUUUGAAGGGGAAAUCCUCAGAGAGUAUAAUGGCUGCAAGUAUAUUGAUCGGUUGUCGACGUGCUGAAGUGGCAAGAACUUUUAAAGAAAUUCAAUCUAUCAUUCAUGUCAAAACUAAAGAAUUUGGGAAAACUUUAGGUAUAAUGAAAGGGAUAUUAAGAGAGAAAAGUUCUGAUGGGUUUAUUAAGAUCAAUACGGAUAAUAUGAGUGGUGCACAAAACUUAACUUAUAUACCAAGAUUUUGUUCUCACUUGGGUCUACCUAUGCAAGUUACUACUGCAGCAGAAUAUACUGCAAAGAAAUGUAAAGAAAUUGAAGAAAUUGCUGGGAAAUCACCAAUCACUAUUGCUGUUGUUUCCAUUUAUUUGAAUAUCUUAUUAUUUAAAAUACCCGUUUCAGCGGCUAAAGUGGGUCAGAUUCUGCAAGUGACUGAAGGGACGAUUAAAUCUGGGUACAAAAUUUUGUAUGAACAUAGAGACAUUGCUGUUGAUCCUCAGUUGAUUGCCAAUGGAACUGUUUCUAUGGAUAAUUUACCAAGGUUAGAUAAGGAUAGAGGUGCAAAGGCAGCGGCUGCAUCGUCAUCAGCAGCAGCAGCAGCAUCAGCAGCAGCUUCUAAUAAGAAAAAGGAAACCGCUGUCAAGAAAGAAGAUGGUGUUGUGAAAACUGAAAAGUAA